CGAGAGCGGAGGGCGAACAGUUAAGCUGCGGGACGAGAGAAGGAGCUGAGAGUCGGAUGUUCACUGGCCUCCUGAAGCACACGCCUCCGGCCUCCGCUGCAGCAGCCUCCUCCUCUGCCUCGGACCAAAACAGCAACGCACAAACCACAGUUCCCACAAUCCCACGGGGACACCUGGUCGUGGGCCCCAAGGACCAGCUCCGCCUCCUCACCCCCGUGGGCAGCACGGCGACGUCCAAUCACUGCGCGGCCGCGGGGGCCCACGCCACUAAGCACUCCGAAGGCGCCCCGCGACCUCCGUCCUCCCUGAGCGAGGAGGACGAUGGAGGAGGCGGGGGCAGGGUGAAGAAGAAACGAAAGAAAAAGGACAAGAGAGAGCGGGAGAAAGGAGGCGGGGAGGAGAGGGAGGAGAGGGAGAGCAGCAAACCAAAGAAACGAAAGGAUGAGAAGGAGGCGACGACGGUGGUCACGCUGAGGAAGGGCAAGGAGCGGAAGGAGCGCAGGACCAAGGGGAAGGACGGUGCCUGUUAA